UUUGAUAUCACUCUUUUAGUGUAAUUAAAUGGAUGUACAAAGAACGGAAUAUAAAGAUUGGAAGGAAAAAAAUGAAGAUCUCUUACUGAAAAUAAAGAAACUAGAAUACGAGAUUGAUCGCGUACAAAAGGUGAUUGACGAAAAACAGCAACAGUUUGGUAAUCUGGAACAAUUAGAACAAUCUUGGAUACGACAAGAACAACUCUAUGAUGCCUAUGAUACCAUUUUUGAACAAUUAUUAACACCUCUACAGAAACAACAGGAACAACAACACAAACAACAACGACGUGAAGUAUCAGCUCAUCUUUUGACAUCCACCGCUCUUCUAUGUCACAAAAUUGAACGAUGUUGGCAUGGUUCCUUCACACGAUCCAGUAACAAAGAGAAUACGAUUCGAAGCGAUGGCAACGAUAUAGACGACAAUGAUCACCAUUCUCGACUUUCAAAAGAAUGUCAAGAUCUUGAACGCGAUAUCCAGAAACUCAUGACAACUCAAAACUCGAUAGAUUAUUUUGCGUCCAUAGAUACAUUGUUACGACAAGAAAUCCAACAACAACAAACGACAAUAAAAGAGAUAGAGACUCAUGAUAAUCAGUUGGAUGAUAAAUUGGAUUAUAUUAAACAGCAGCAGAAGGAACGAUUGCAUUAUAUCAUGACUUUGGAACAAGAAACUUCUGAAUGGGAGAAUCGGGUACAUGCCUUGGAAACACGAAUACGAGAACAAGCACGAACAAGAUAUGAUGAUUCUGAAGUCCAAGAAGCGUUUAUGGAAAGUGUUUUGGCAAAGGCAACUGUUGGUGAGGAAUCAAGUCGUUUGUCUUGUUAUGAGCAGUACGUAGAUGAGGUCAAGCAGGUAUCAAUAGCUUUGGAAGAAAAACAUGGCAAUUUGGAUCAAAUUCAAAAGGAAACAACAGAUAUUCUUAAGAAAAUGUCUGACAAUAGAAACAAAAUUAAAUCCAUCCAAAGUCUCAAUCAACAAGGUGAACACCAAAUUAGAUCACAUCAGCAGGAUAAUAUUCAACUUAUAGAAAGUAUCGGAAUCUUACAAAACCAAUUGAAGGACCAGGCGAAGGAAAAGGACGAGGAUUUAUGGACUAGUAUUGACAAGGGAACAAAUUCUGGAAUAAUUGAAGAAGAAGGAUCACCCAUUAGUCAGAUAGGGAAAGUGCUUGAUCCUUAUUGUAGAUCAACUCCAAACAAUGCUCUUUCGAAUCUGAAAUCUUUACUUCUACGUUUGCAACAUCUUUCAUCACAUCAAAAGACAACCAUUUCUCGCGAGUUGGAAGCAUUAACAUUGGCAUGGACUGAAGAAUUACAAGAAAGAGGUAUUCCAUUGGUGAAUGUUGAAUCUGAACAAGAUGCUCUUGAUACUGUUAUACAUGCUGUCAAUGCACUACAAGUUCACGUUGAUAAUGAAUGGGAUGAAUUUGUCCAUCAACAAGAAGCGCAACUAUCAAGUAAGAUAGAUGAACUGAAUGAACAAAAAGAAGAAUGGAAUUUGACUAGGAAGCUAUUGGAUGAAAGAAACACAAUUAUAAAGGGAAACAUAGGAAGUGAUUAUACCGUUCAAGAAAGGAACUUGGAAGAAUGGUUUCAACUUUUGGAUCAAAUGUAGAAUAUC